GCAAUCCGACCCUGUGGUGAUCUCCCCCGCAUGUGACCGCAGCGAUCGCAUCACAGCACUCGAAUGGCUCUACUUCGCCCCGCCUCCCUCUCCCCACACUGCCGCACACACCCCCCCGCGCUCCCCCUCUGCUUCCGCCGCCACUCCCCCUAGCCCGCCCCACUCGUCCUCCUCCCAGCUCGCGGACUCCUCCCCUCAGGCUGACUCCCAGCAGGGGGAACAUCAUUCCCACCAGAACCAUGCGCACAGCCUACAGCCGCAGCAGGAGCAUCACCAAAACCACCACCACCACCACCACCAUCAUCAUCAUCAUUAUCAUCAGCAGCAGCAGCAGCAGUCGCUGCUGUGUGUGGCUGUGGGUACGGCUGCUGGGUUCCUCCUUAUUUAUGCUGACACGGGCGUGCUGCUCGCUCGGCAG